AUGUCCCAACACUCGCUGGCGAGUAUAGGCAUUGCUCGAGAUUCGUCUGCUACUCCUUCCAAUGCCAGCCAAACCCCCCAAACCGGCCGUCCUCCUAUGUGGACAAAUUCGUCUCAGCGACAAAUGACUGGCUUGUAUCUUUACACAACAUUGCCACUGAAUAAGAUUAUUGAAUUGAUUAACCGUUCGGCGACUUCCGCAUCCCCUGGACAUGAUUCGGCUAACAAGAAAUUAAAUCAUUUGUUGGAUAAAGAACCAAGAUGGCUGCACCCGCGCUCAGUUUACGAUAUGGGCCAACGGUUGCAUCAACUAUCGCAGUCGUCGACAAUGUCAACCCCGGACUCCACAACGCCAACAGUGCACGCCUAUUCGGCUUCGGACCCGGGCCCUGGUGGCAUACGAGUUGAAGUAAAACAAGAAUUGGAUUCUAAUGACAUGUUACCCUUUCCAGAAGAUCCACUCGGGACAUUUACGCCUAUUGGCAAGCUCGAGUCUGGUAGUGCAGGCUUCCAAAUGUGGACAAAUCCAGACAGCAAGGCUGCCGUUUACAUUGAGGAAGCCAUGAGUCACCCGGACGUUGGUAGCGACACCAGAGAUUUGAUGCCAUUUUUGAGAGCUUCAACAGUUACUUCUGUAUCUACUGAUGGAAGCAACGGCUCUGUACACAAAAUUUUGAAAGGAUACACGCAACCCUACGUCAAAGCAGUCAAACGCCUGAUGAGGAAGCUAGCUGCAUACCGUCGCAGCGCACGACUGACACCUCACCCAGAUGGACCAGUGAAUAUUUUGCGAUCUCUAGGAGAUGAAGGCGCUGCUCCUGAAAUCACGACUUUCCCCUUUCCACUGUCGGGUGACCUUUUGAGUCUGGACCUACAACAGCCCAAUCGGUGCCGUGACCAUCCCACGGAGCAUGCACAACGCCGGUGCAUGUGUGCGCCAACUAGAGAAAUAUGGACUUCACCCUUUGCUUCAUCUCUAGGACUGUCCCCUCAUGCAGAGCAACUUCUAUCUGGGGAUUGGGAUGCCGAACAUCUCCUCUUACACGACGACUUCAACAACACGGCACUUCACUUUGUUGCUGCUCGAGGUAGCGUGGAACAAUUGGCCAGCAUAAUUCAUUCACCACAUUCACACAGUAUAUUGAAUGAAGUGAAUAGCUCCGGGCAAACAUUCCUUCAUCUGGUACAGCGCUCGGUGACCCGACGGGUCGACCAGUUCACAGAACUGGUUAAACACCUGAGCUCCAUCGGUUUUGAUAUCGAGGCCUGCGACUAUUACGGUCGCAAUAUCUUUCACAUACUGCAGCGAGAUGGUGCUACUGCAUCAAUUUUACAGAAACUCGUGGAUGCUUGCGGCUCAAGUCUACCAAGCAACCGUGAUGCAUUUGGCCAUGUGCCCUUGAUCGCACUGGCGCAAAGGCCACGGCCGCUCCUGAAGAGCAUAUUGCCUUACUGGAGUGCAGAGAACCCAGAGUACUGGAACUCCCAGUACCCCGAGAAUCAGAUGCGAGAGAAUUUCCCUAAUAGAUCACCAAGCGACCUCCUAGAGUCAUCUUCGUCAACAGCGCAGCAGACACCAACCAGCAACCCACAGGCCGCUCAACGAACAAAUCCCGAUAUAGAGAAGGCAAAGGGACUGCUUAACACCGUUAAUUGGGCUAUGCAUUACCCAGCCGUUGAAGAUGAGAAAGGCCGAAAUGCUCUACACUGUCUGGCGCUUGCCAAUCUUAGCCUUUGGCAGCCACCAGAGGCUGAUGCCCCAGAUGUAAGACCUAGCCGGAAACGAAAGCUAUCUGAUAUCGUGAGCGACUCUUCAAGUGAAAGGAUGGAAAUCAGACACUCCCUCGUUUCUAAGCUUCUUUCAUAUGGUGUUAACGCCAAUCAUUAUGACAAUGACGGCAAUACACCUCUCAUCACCUUUGCGGCUGCUUUACCUGAAGACGGCGACUACAAGAUCGGACCAGCAAUCAUUGAGACACUGCUGAGGGGUGGUGCUAAUAUCCACAGCCGUAAUCGCAGAGGAGAAACAGCUCUACAUGUAGCUGCUCGUUGUGGGAGGAAGCUCGCUGUCAGAACCCUAGUUUUGAAUGGGGCUAAUGUGCAUGCUCGGGACUCGGCUGGCCGGAGCAUUCUGGAAGUGAUUGAUGCAAAGAUAGAUCUUGUUCAACGAGAUGAGAAUGCUUCCUAUGCUCGACUAGAGGCUUGCAGAGCUUGGCUCAGUGGCGCAAACGGUGGUGCGAUUCAGAAUCCAACAGUUCUUGACGAGUGGAGGAAACGCUGA